AUGGAAGCUCAACUGCCUAAACACAUAGUCAUGGUGCCAUUCAUGGCGCAAGGUCAUCUGAUACCCUUUUUGGAAUUAGCCCACCGAAUCCUUAACCACAAUCCCAUCUUCACCAUCACCAUCGUCAACAGCCCUCUUAACAUCAACUACCUCCGCUCAGCCAUCGCCAACGGCCCUUCUCCGCCCCACCAAAUCCACCUUAAAUCUCUCCCUUUCAACAGCUCCGACCACGGCCUCCCUCCCAACUCUGAAAACACCGAUGGCCUACCCAUCACCCAAAUCAUCAAACUGUUCCACGCUUCCACAGCCCUUGAAACGCCGCUACGUGGGUUCAUCUCCGAUGUCAUUUCCGACGAAGGAAGUCCGCCGGUAUGUAUAAUCUCGGACGUGUUCAUGGGUUGGGCUAAUGAGGUAGCAAAGUCUUUUGGUACUGUUAAUUACUCAUUCACCACCGGCGGCGCGUACGGCUCAGCCGCAUACAGUUCCAUCUGGAUGAAUCUUCCUCACCGGAACCUCGCAAAUGGCGGAACCCACGACGAAUUUCCGGUGCCUGGGUUCCCGGAAUCUUGCCGGUUUUCAAUCACGCAGCUACAUAGUUAUCUUAUAGCUGCUGAUGGUAAAGAUGAAUGGUCUACAUUCUUCCAACCUCAAAUCUCUCUUUCACUCAAAUCAAAAGGUUGGUUGUGUAACACAGUUGAAGAGAUAGAGAACAUGGGAUGUGAGACCUUGCGAAAUUACAUAAAACUCCCUGUUUGGUGUAUUGGCCCACUCCUCCCACAAAAGAUGUUGAAAACCAAUCCGGGUUCGGGUAUUGUCGGUCGAAGAUCCGGAAAACAACCUGUUAUCCGACCCGAAGAAUGCAUUGAAUGGUUAGACUCUCACCCUCAAGAUUCGGUGCUUUACAUUUCAUUUGGAUCUCAAAACACAAUAAGUGAAACCCAAAUGAUGGAAUUAGCAAAAGGGCUUGAAGAGAGCAAGAAGCCUUUUAUUUGGGUAAUUAGGCCACCAAUCGGGUUUGAUCUCAAAGGGGAGUUCAAACCCGAAUGGUUGCCUUUGGGUUUUGAGGAUAGAAUUGGGAAACAAGGAUUGAUGGUGCAUGGUUGGGCACCACAGUUGGAGAUACUUUGCCACCCAUCAACGGGAGCUUUCUUGAGCCAUUGUGGGUGGAAUUCGGUGAUGGAGAGUCUCAGCCAAGGGGUUCCGAUUAUUGGGUGGCCGUUGGCGGCAGAACAAGGGUAUAAUGCCAAGAUGUUGGUGGAGGAGAUGGGUGUUUGUGUGGUGUUGACAAGAGGGGUGCAUGGGAGGAUUGUGAAAGAGAAGGUGAAGAAUGUUAUAGAGAUGGUGUUGGAUAAAAGUGAAGAGCGAAAAGGGAAUGAUAUGAGAAGAAAAGCAAGUGAAGUUGGGAGAUUGAUAAGAGCAAGUGUUGAUGGUUCUUCUUACAAAGCAAUGGAUGAGUUUUUGUCAACCAUUCUUUAA